CCGGAAGUUGUCAGAAUCCAUCGAGUACCUAUUUCCUGUUAAGACAAUGUGAAGUUUUUGAACUAAUAUUUUGCAAACUUUUGCAUGUCAAAGUACAUUAUGAUACCUUAUAAACAAUGGCAGAAUGUCCUGAUGAACCACAGGAAUCGCCGAGAUCAAUAAAGACCGGAAGUAGCUCUGGAAGUAAUUCCAGCAGCACUGGAGAAGAGGAACGGCUGCUGAGGCUGUUCAACAGUUGUGAUGCGGAUGGGGAUGGCUAUCUCGAUGGAAAUGACUUCAUAUUUAUGUGCCAGCAGUUGAACAUGGAAGAAUCAACCCAUGAAAUCAUGCACCAGUUAGGCAUGAAUACCAACAGUCGACUCACCUUUCAAGACUUUAUACAUUUCAGAACACAGGUAAUGUCUGACCUGGAUGGCUGUCAGUUCUCAGAAGACCCUACGGUUGAUUUGGAUACCAGUGGUAUAGGGAACCAGCACACUAAUGUAACAUCAUGGCCAACAAUGAGUAGUGACAGCUUUGGUGGCUUGUCUGGUAAACCUGACAGUUUAGAUUAUGACAGUGGUGCAAGAGAUCUCAGUCCAGAACCAACCAGUUUACACCAGUUGAUGGAGUCACAUGACCCAACCACUCUAAAAAUAGUACAAGAAGAUACAAAGUCAACUGAACUGUUAGAGGUUGCGAAUAGGCUCCACCUGGCAGCAUUAACUUCAUUGAAAGGGGAGAUAAUUGAAAUCAACAACAGACUUCAUCGUGUAAUAAGUGAGAGAGAUGCACUUGAAAAACAACUCAACAAAUUACAGACUGAUAAACUUAGGCAGCAAAGAGAUUUUGAGGAUAGACUGGAACAAACAACUGGAAGAUACGAAGAGAGAAUAACCGAACUGCACAGUGUUAUAGCUGAACUAAGGAAGAAGAUAGAGAGACACCAAAUUAAUAUCAUUAGAGAAGAAGAAGAAUAUGAAGAAUCAGACCCAGGAGUUCAGAGUACAAAGAGUAAUAAUCCCAGGAGUAUUGAUGACAAUAAUCAGUCUCAAGCUGCUAGUGUGGGAGACAUUGUUACAAAUCUAAAUGAGGAAUUGUCAAGAGUCGUGUCUGAACUAGAGAAUGCCAUCGAUGAAAGAAAGAACAGUCCUGAGGAGGGAGAUGAAGAUGAAAAUGUAGAUGAAAUACAACAGGAGGUUAAUGAUGGAGUAGAGGAAAAGGCUCUAGAGGCUUGUAAGCUGAAGAAUGCUUUUGACUUUGAUCCAGAACCUCCUGAGGUACCCCCACGAGGACUACGCCCUGCAACAUUCCACCCUCCACCCCCACCCCCUCCUAAUGAGUACCCAGAGCCAGCGUAUCUACAGGAGGAGAUCAACAGCCUUAAGGCUGAGAACUACAUCCUACAGGAACAGAUAGGAAAACAGGAGGCUGAAUUGAACCUACAUAGGGCAGCCCUUGGUAGUUUACGUGAAGAGAGGGACAGAUAUUAUAGAAAAUGGAAGGAGACUUGUAAUAAAGUACAAACAUAUGAUUCCUCAAGUCCACAACAGAGUAGGACAUCCACACCAACUAAGUCACAACAUUCGGCUCAAUCUGGAGAAAGGAGUGUGCAUGCUGAACAAGCACCUGUUGCUAAGGUAGCUGAGCUGAAGAAACUGAAAACUUGUGCCAGUGAAAGACAAGUGUUAGGACCAGGGAUGAGUUCUGGGGCUUUUCCUAAUACAAAGGUUGCUGAACAUUUAUCUCAUGGAUUACAAGAGUGUUCUAACAUGCAGGAAAUCGUACAAAACAUUUAUACCAGCGGCUCAGAAAUAAUGGACAACCAUGUUAGUGAAUUUGAAAUUGAAUUUGAACGACUACAGAGUAAAAUUGAUAAUUUAAAAUCUCAGAACGAUUUGUUGUGUUUGACUUUAGACGAGAGUAAAGCCAUGACAGAUCGUUUAACGGUGCUAAUUGGGAAAUAUGAAUCUAAUGUAACAGCUUUACAACUUGCCGUCAAUUAUUCCGAUCAGGCGAUGGAAGUUUACGAUACAUUGGUGAAUCUAGUUGAAAGUGAAAUGGCCAUAUUGGCUACAAAGUCUUGGAAACCUGAAGGUGAACAAGAAGAUAAUACUGUGAUAAAGAAGGCCCAUGAGCAUAGGAAGAUGUCAGAGAGUGCAGCACGACAUUUACUACAGAAGUUAGAUAGGACAACAGGGGUUCAUCUGUCGGUCAUCACACAACCCUUUGACACACUCAGUAUUAGUUCUACAACCAGUUCUGUGGACAGUGAUGUUAGCAAAAUAGAAGAGACCCGGUUACGUGAAUACAUACAUAGACUGACGACCGACCGAGCUGCCAUCAGACUUACAGUGGCUGACUUAGAGAGUAUACAUGUAGACCCUCCAGCAAUGGAGACGAGAAGAGACACACAGAGAUUUGAUCUGGAGAAUGCUGUGUUGAUGCAGGAGUUAAUGGCAAUUAAGGAAGAAAAGGCUGAAUUGAAAUCCCACAAUUAUUUAUUAGAAAAGGAGAAACGAUCGAUAGAGCUACGCCUGAGUGGAAAAGAGGCUCAAGAGCAGGCUUAUUAUGUACAGAUAGAGCAUUUAAAGGGUGAAGUAAGAGAUUUAGAACAAAGAUUGACAGACAGGAGGAGGAAUCAGACAAGUGAUGAGCAGCUGUCAGCGUCAGACAUUUCCAGUGAUUUAACUAAAGACUAUAAUGAGGCCCUGAGGAGGGAGAAAAAAAUGAAAUCCAGAAUUCAAGAACUUGUGUUAGCUUUAGAAAACUUGUCAAGAAAUUCUGAAAUUCGACAUCAACAGUCUACAGAAUUUGUGAAUGACUUAAAACGAGCCAAUAGUGCUCUGAUCUCAGCUUUUGAUAAAGCCAAGAAAAAAUAUCAGAGUAAAUUAAAGAAGUUGGAACUUCAAAUGCAAGGAUUAACAGAAAGAUAUGAAACACAGAUACGCCUGAUGAAACAGAAGAUAUUAAUGUUAGAGGAGGAGUGUAGAAAAGUUCCGCUCAGCGAGACGUCAUUAUAACACAAGCUUUAAUGUCAUGUGACUGUGAUCAAACUUUUAUAUUGUGUCAUAUUUAAAAUCAUGUAUCAACAAAGGUGGAUUUUUUUCAAAAUUUCGUUGAAACCAUACGUUGCAAUUUAUCAGCAAUCUUGUUGCCUUUACCCAAUGUUUCUUAAAUGUUUAGUGUCAAAACAGUUAACUAUACAACUGUUUAUAUGUUAUGAAUGGCUUUACUUAGCCUGCACAAUGAAAAUUUAGUAAUGAUCAUUUAAAAAAGAACAUUUAAAUGACACAAAAGUAAGAAUAGAAAACUAACUACUGUAUGGAAAGAUGUAUUAUAUGUACGCUUGAUACACAGUAUCUUGAUAAAUCUUCCUGUAUGUAGAAAAUAAACAUCCUUCUUUUAAGAGAACAGAAUGCCAAAAUGAUUUUCAUUAUUGUUAAAAUGCAUUACAGUUUCACCUAUGACAUAUUUUUAAUAUAGAUCUGAGAGAGUGUGCUUUAUAAAUCCAACUUAUUUGUUUAUUUGUUGAAUUGAAAGAAUUUAUGCAAUAUGAAUAAUCAUUUUUCAAAUGUUUUUAUGUCUGUGAGCAGUUGAAACUUUCCUAUGCAUAUUAUUUUAAAUUUGUGAAAGUAUUGCUUUGCUUUGAAUUUGAGAAUUAUAUCUUUGUUAUUGCAUUAAGUAAAUGUAUAUGCAGUGUUUUAAAAGUUUAAAGAUGUUUUAUUUGAUUUUUUAUUCAAAUAUAUAAAGAGGAAGGUAUUAUAAGGUCCCUUUUCUUGGCCGCUUGAAUUACAAUUUCAAAAAGCAUUUUAAAUCUGUCAAAUAUAGGUCUUCAUAGAUAUUCAUAACAAAAUAUGUCUUUAGCAUACACAAGAAAAUGCCUGUACCAAGUUAGGAAUAUGACAGCUGUUAUCCAUUCGUUAGAUGUGUUUGAGCUUUUGAUUUUGACAUUUGAUUAGGGACUUUUGGUUUUGAAUUUUCCUCAGCGUUCAGUUGUUAUGUAAGUUACUUUUUAGACAUCAAUAUUUUUUUUGAAAUGUCUAAAAAUAUAUUGGCCUUUAAGCAUUAAACUUCUUACAUUAAGUGACUAACAGCCCAAAAAGUCUAAAUAGCCUCAUUUUGAUUUGUUUUUCAUUAAUUUUAGAUAUGAGCAAACAGCUUUACCUGAAAUUAUAUAUCCAACUACAAAUUGUAGUUUUAAAAUGUAUGUGUGAAAUGGCCAUUUUAUAGUCAAAUAUGUACAUUUCAGCAUGUCAAUGAUGUCUUAGUGACAUCACUAGUGAUCUUUUGACUUUAAAGUGUCCAUAUUAUAUAGAUCUGGUUAUUUAUCAUUAAAAAUAAAACAAAAGUGUAAAAGGCAAUAACAAUAUUUGCAAUUUCAGUGGCUAAAUGGUGGCUCAUAUUAUACCUUCCUUUGCAAAGACUUUAUAUUUUAUGUGCCAUAGUUGAUUACGAUGAAUUUGUAUUAGAUUUUAUAAGUUAUACCAUUUAUCAUUGUCAGAGAUAUGCAAUUUAUAGAGUGAUAAUGAAUGUAUGUUGAUGUGGUUUUGUAAGUUAUAAAGAUUUUAUAAGUUCAAUAUGUGACCAUAUUUUAGUGUAAAAAUGACAUUUAUGAAUAAUUUUGUAUAACAUUUUAUAAACAUUUGUGUUUGAGAUACCACUGGAAUAUUAAACACUUCAUUAAAAAAGAUGACUUUUGUAUAUAAGUUUAUUUGUUUCAUAGAAAACAUGUCAAAUUUUGUUUUUAUUUUUCAAGAAUGGGAAACUUCUGAAAUUGUAAUUGCAAUGUAUUUUCAAAAAGGGUAAACAGUCACCAAUAUUCAUGCAGUAAGCCUUGUUUGAAUAGCAAACAAAUUUAAAAUUGUUUUUUGUUGUCACUGGUGACUUAGAAAAAAUUGAAGCUAUAUUUCCAUAUCAUAGAAUAUUGUAUGCUUACUUUUAGUUACGUUUUUUGGGAAAUAUUUUUUUGCAAUACCACUUCACAUUUUAUUUCCCCCUACUUAUAGGGCAUAGUGUAGAACAUAGAGCUAGGCAUUAACUUACUGAAAGCUCCUUAUUGCAUGUUUCAUUCACCAUAUUUGUCUGGUCCCCUGUUUUGGCAUAUUAGACUGGUUCCACUGUAUUCAAUGUGAGUGCCAGGUACCCAGGACUCCAUUCUGAAUGAAUGUUAUUUUCAGGCUAAAAUAUGGUCAUACACUGUACAUAUUGAAAAUGUCUUUCAAUGGCUUUUGACAGGUCAGUAUUUUAAUGGAGAUCAGAAGUUCUAAAUGCUUCGUAUAUAACUGUGUUUUAGAAUGUGUGGCAGCUUAAAUUUUAUUUUGAAAUUCUAAGUACGCAUAAUUUUAUGUCAUUGAAUCGAGUGUUUUUUUGAAACAGGGAACUUUAGAAAUGCUGAUACGCUUGAUUUUUUUUAACACAUUUUACUAAAAUUAGUAUCAGGGUAUAAUUUUUAAUUAUAAACAAAUCAAGCCUAAAGUUCAGAGCUCAAAGUUCAAACUCCACUUAAGAGUGAUAAAAUGAUGGAAAUGCUAUAAAUCCUGUUGAUGUAUUUCAGACUUUGCAAUGAGAAUAUUUCAUCUAGUUUAAUUUUAAUACAUUAUAUCUUAUUUAUGUUUAGUUGUUUUAUGAUAAUAUUUGAACUGAAUUGAACCACAGUUGUUAUUUUUAAUUACUAUUUAUUGUUUGGUUGAUUUCCAUUUUUAAUAUUUUCAUAAUUUUCUGAGUGAUAAUGAUAAAUACUGGAAGUUUUUUUUUUAACAUAAGUCAAUACACCUCCAUACAGAUUAAAUGUAAAACAAAAUAUUUAAAGAUUAGAAACAACCUUGAAACUAUGCUGCGUUUUUAAAGUAAAUAAGUAAUGCUGAUUUCAUAAUGUAUUUUGUGUUUAGUCUUUGAUUUCAAUCUUUAAAACACACAUUAGGGUUAUUCCAUUACAAUGUUUGUAGGUGGAUAGGAAGGGACUUUUAAAUAUCCAUAGAACCAUGAAACAUUUUAGAAAUUUUUGCAUAAUAAUAAUAGACACAUACAGAAAAAGACCCCUGACCAACAUUCAAUAAUUAAAUUUCCCUUCCUUACCUCUCACAUACAUUUUAAUGGAACAGCACUUAUUGUGGUAGCAGCUUCAAGAAACGAUAUUAUUGUAUAGCAAUAUAAUAUUUCCCACAGAAAGUAACCAAAAGUUAGUGUGCAAUAAAUUCCAAUAUUGCACUAGUGCAAUAAAUCUUCAAAAUUCAUGACGUCAUCAGCGACAAAAUCUUAGUUUAUAACAAUGUUUACUUUAAAAUAUUAUAUUGCUUUACAAUAAAAGGGUUAUUGCAUGAAUAUUUGGGAAUAUUGUCCCUCGUAGAACAUAUAUUGCACUCGCAAGAUUCUACUCGGGACAAUAUUCUCCAAUAUUCAUGCAAUAACCAUAUAAUAUCUGUCAUAUCUUAUAUGUCUUAUUCAAACUUUUCUAUAUAUCUUAGUGUUUGUUGUUAGUAAGAUGAAAGGGAACAAAUAUAUUUAUUUCAUUGGUGCUAUUUUUGAUAUUAUUUGUGUUUUAUAUUUAUAAAAUCAUUAAGAGAUUGUUAUAGCUAUAAGACUGUUAUUUUAGUUAUAUGUGUAGUGUGAGAAGUUUGUUUGAUUUUGUUGGAUCUUGAAAAAAAAUCAUCAUUCAAAAGAUAAUAUAAUAUGGAUGAAAUUCCAUGCUAAAAUCAUUCAUAUCAUGCCAAAAUGUCAAUUAUUUCACCAGUCAGUUUGUAAACUUGCUUACACAAUAGGGUUAACUUGACUUUUUUUAAUAUUAACCAAUCAAUGAUUUUUUUUAGUUGCCUGCUUUAAUUUUUUGAUACUGUAUUUGUAGCUUUACUAUCUAUCAUUUAUAAUUACAUGGAUAGUAUCUUUUGUGAUGCAGACAAUCUCAAUAAACCAUUUAAAUACUU